AUGGAGGUCAACCUUGACGACAUUAACACCGUAAUUGAUGAACACGUUGCCGUUACUUUGCGCUUGUCUGGGCGGGACGUUACAAUCAUAUCCAGUUAUGUUCGCCCAGGGUCCAGCUGCGUGCCGGGGCCCUUGGGCUUGCUCGCCGGCGGCCUUCAGGAGUGGCAGCUGAGUGCCAGCUCAACCCGGAUGCCCGAGUGCCAGCUGAGGUUCUCCCGCGUGCUCGAGCUACCUUCCAAGGGCGCCUGGUGCCCCGCCAGGGACGCCGACACUGAAUGGAUACAGGUCGACCUCGGCGCCGAUGCCAGGGUCACAGGCCUGCUGACCCAGGGUCGAGGAGACGGCCGCGAGUGGGUGUCCUCCUUCUCGGUGUCCUACAGCAUGGACGCCUUCCACUGGAAGCACUGCCUCGACGCCAACGGACACCGAAAGGUGUUCCUGGGCAACAGCGACUCCCACAGCCUGAAGCUGAGCUACCUUGAUCCUCCACUCCAGACCCGGUUCCUCCGGCUGCACGUGCUCCAGUGGCACGGCAGGCCUAGCCUGCGCUUUGAGCCCCUCGGAUGCCAGGAGUGCAACCAGGUGCUCUCGGUGCCUCCGGUGUCCCGGCUGACAGCGUCCAGCUGGCGUCCCUGGCACCCCCAGCAGGGGUCCUGCAGCCCGGACGAGGGACAGCUCUUCAGCAAGGGGGGCUGGUGCGCACUCAGGAACAAUGGCAACCAGUGGCUUCAGGUGGAUCUGGGCCCCCCGACUCGCGUGACGGGCGUUGCGACGAAAGGGCGGGGCGACCCCCGGCGCAAGCACUGGACGACCGCUUACCUGCUCUCCUACUCUAACGACAGCCUGCGCUGGCACCACUACAAGGACGACAACCACCUUGACCCAAAGGUGUUCGGCGGCAAUAUGGACCGCGACACGGAGCGGCGGCACUACCUGAACGUCCCGUUCGUGGCUCGCUUCGUACGCUUCCAGCCGUCUUCGUGGAAGCGCAGGAUUGCACUCCGGGUGGCAGUCAUCGGGUGCCCGCACCGUGGAGACUGCGGCCCAGGAUUUCUCAGGGUUCGGGACGACUCCGAAUGCUCAGAGAACCUCGCGCACCGGCACGAGACCUGGGUGAACGACCGGCGCUACUCGUUCGCCCAGUGGACCGACGGUCACUCGUCGUUCGCCGUCGACGGAGACGCCAGCGCGAGCACGCCCCGGAGCUGCGCCAUCCUGGACAACUACUUCGUGGACACGCCCGUGUGGAUGGUCGACCUCGGCGAGCGUAAGCGCGUCCGCGGACUCGUGCUGCUCACCUGGCAGGGCAGGUCAGCACAGCACCACGAGCGGAGCAAGGUGUACCACGAGAUGUCCAACCUGGACAAGCUGACGGCUUACGUGGCCGACCGCCCGCGGCUCGAGGAUAUCCCGAGCGGCCACAAGUGCGCCUCGGUGUCGAGACUGAACAACGCCCUCUUCCGCAAGAAGAUCCACCUCGAGUGCCCGGACUCCAUGGAGGGCCGAUACGUCUACAUCAAAGCCAGCGGCAUCCACAACCGCAAAGGACGUCUGUUCUCCGCCGUGCUCUGCGAGGUCAUGGUCUACUGA